AUGCAAAACAACGAAAUCAUAAAACCUGCCAAAUACUUCUCGGAAUUGGAAAAGAGCAUCCUGCUUGCUUUGGUAGAAAAGUACAAAUAUGUGCUGGAAUGCAAGAAAAGCGACGCGCGAACUAUUGCACUCAAGCAGCGCACCUGGCAGGCGCUUGCGCACGAAUACAACUCUCAGCCGAGCGUGUCACUGCGGGAUUUCAAGCAGCUGAAGAAGUGCUGGGAGAACAUCAAGGCUCGGACCAAAAAGAUUAUGGCCCAUGAGAGGAGAGAGAAGGUGAAACGGAGCGGCAGCCCUCUUCUGAGCACCCACGUCCUGGGGAAGGAGAAGAUCGCCAACAUGCUGCCGGAGCAGCUGUACUUCCUGCAGAGCCCUCCUGAAGAGGAGCCCGAAUACCACCCUGACAGCGCGGCCCCAGAAUCAUUUGCUGUUUCAAAUAGAGAACUGUGCGAUGAUGAGAAAGAGUUCAUACAUUUUCCAGUGUGUGAGGGGACCUCUCAACCUGAACCCUCGUGUUCAGCUGUCAGAAUCACAGCCAAUAAACACUACAGGAGCAAAACCUCUCAGGAAGGUGCUUUAAAAAAGAUGCAUGAGGAAGAACACCAUCAACAAAUGUCCAUCUUACAGCUGCAGCUGAUACAAAUGAAUGAGGUGCAUGUGGCCAAAAUCCAGCAGAUAGAGCGGGAGUGUGAGAUGGCAGAGGAGGAGCACAGGAUAAAAAUGGAAGUUCUCAAUAAAAAGAAGAUGUAUUGGGAAAGAAAGCUACAAACUUUCACCAAGGAGUGGCCUGUCUCCUCAUUUAACCGGCCCUUUCCCAAUUCACCCUAAGACUGCGGGGGUGGCUC